GAAACUAAAUAAUUCAAAACAUCACUAGAAACAGUUGAAAAAGCUUGAGUGUGAUGUUGUAAAAUUUCCGCUGCAACCAUUAGGAGUUAACUUGCGUGACCUCAGAUACAACGUUUUCGAAUGUAAUUGAUUAUUUUAUACCUUAUUAACGAUAAAUGCUUGGAAACGAAUUAAUAAAUAAUGGUUGUGUUGUUACCUUCCCAACAACAUUAUUUGAAUGAAGGCUGCCGUGCGGUUGGAGACGAGUUGGUGGUCCCGGGGCUUCAGAAAGAUCUACAAGCAUUCUAUGAUAAAGCGGAGACUGAAGCAGACCGCUCUAAAGCUUUAGAACUCCUAGCGUCAUUUCAUCUGGGAGGGAGCGAACCUCCACCCCCGCGCCCCGCCACUGCCUUACCGGCAUAUGAAUCCGAUGAUGAUGAUAAAAUCGAAACUGAAGGUAGGAAAGAAAACUACUACACGAUGAAUCCAUAUCAAACCACCUAUGGCAGGGACUACCCAGUCAAGGAACCAAAAGACACCAUAGCAAUCAGACCCCAGAGUUCACAAGGUUUUACAGCUUCACAUCCCCUUGAAGGUCCAAUUGGUGAAACACACUACACUGAAGAAUUUCAUGAGAAGCCCAACAGACCCGCCACACCUAUUAGGAGUGGAACAGCAUCAGGUGCUAGAAGAAAUAAACCACAUCCUUUGGAAUCUUUUCUAGUCUGGCGGUUUCCGUCCAAUGCUAAGGGUGAGCAGCAAUCUAGUCCCUGGUCCGAGGAGUUGACGGACGAGAUGAUAGGUCAGGUCCAUAAACGACUGUGUCAGUCCACCUACCAGAACGACUACCUAGGGAUACCGCAAGGCUUUCAAGUGAAGCGGGCUUACACGCUGCCCCCGGACUGGAAGGCUAACGUUCCCUACACCCUGGACACCGUGGCCAGGUACUCGUACCAGAAACCCAACCAACAGGAGGAACUACAGGUCCCCAUCAACAGAUACGGGAGUAAUAGGAAAAAGCCAGUAGCCGCUACAGGCACAAUACCUACCGCUUCAACACGAUUUUACCAUAUCAAAGGAAGAACAACAUAUGAUCGUCAUUUUAACGACAACGCCGAAAAUGUCGUCUCACAGAUCAAGGAAGUGGGUCAAAAACUGGAACACGAAGCACUGCAGAAAUAUAUGGAAAAAGCUGAAAGUCAAGAAAAGGACACAAUAAACCGACUUCUGAACGCGUACCAGAAGGGUGACGGGAUCACCCCUCGUCCCCCUUCACGCAUGAACAUGCGCUCAGAAGUCCCACCCGUUAGCACACCUUCCUCAUUUGCUAGUAAAAACCUUCCUCGCACUCCAAGUUCUGUGCGGUCGGACACAAAACCUCCCACCCAUCCACUGUACAAACAGCCGAAACACAUACCAGUAAACAAACCACGUGGAAAGUACCCGGAUCUAAGGCAUCCAGCACGAUCUCCGUCAGCCACAGCAGCAACGCCUGUGACGUCAUUCAAGUACACCAAACGAGAGUCUACCUCCUCCACGGGAAUAAAGACGCCGCCCCAAAUCACAGACUUUGAUAUUGAUGUUGCUUUACACACGCUUCAGAACCCGGAUACACCAAAAUCAUUGCCUCUCAACUGUUAUUCCCCUGGAUACAAUCUCUCUUAAAAAGCACCUUGCACAAAAAACUCUCUUCAUUUAAUAGAACACUCUUAUUUGAAUACUCCUUAGGGGCAAUACACAAAUUCAUUCAAUUUCAUUUUAUUCAAGAUUGUUUUUUGUUGGUUUGUAUAGAGCUAUGAAAUUUGUAGUUGAAGCUUGCAUAUUUUUUUAUUUAAAGAAUUGGUGCCAAUUUUUACAUCUGUGAUAUAUAUUAUACAACAUGUACAAAUAUGAAGGAGAUAUAUUUAUUGUGAAUAAAUAACGUUUUAAUUUUCAAUGACAUUUCAUCUUUAAAAAUGUUCUUUCAAAAGUAUCCUACGUCUGAACUUAUUCGAAUUACUCUUGAUAUUCAAAUGCUUUUAUGAGACACUAUGUUUUUGCAGAACAUAUCAAGAACAUCAAUUCUGAAUUUCCCGCUCAUCUGCAGAGGUCCCGAACAUCUUUUCCACGACUUACCCAUAGGAAUAAGUCCGCUCACCUUAAACGGGUGACCACAUGGUCUGGACCAGACCACAUAUCUGCUUAGU